AGCUCGAGAUUUCAAAACAUUUUGAAUAUUUCUAAGGUCGAAGGAAAUACUGAUUACGGUUUUGUACACCAAAGAUUCUUACUUGUAAUUAGAACAAAUGUACAGCGAGUACGAAGAAAUAUUAACAUAAACUGUUAAUCUGCUCUUGGAAUUUUAAAAAAUGACUUCAGCAGAAUAUGAGCAAGAAUACUGGCCAACGAUUCAGAAUGCAAUCAAUAUAUUACUCACACAAUGCACUGGACAAGGAGGACAUGCAUCAUUUGAAUAUGUUUAUAGUUGUGUCUACAAGUGUGUUUAUAAGAAUUAUUCAGAAAGGUUGUACCACGAUCUUUUGUUUGAAGUGACAAUACACUGGGAAAAAGUGAACCAUGAACUUGAGGUGAAAGCAGGCCAGGUAUUAGUGAAAAUGUUUGAUUCAGUAUUAAAACAGUUUGAAAAUAGCCUUAGAGGACUUAUUCCGUUAUUUACGUACAUGAACAGAUAUUUGGAAAGUAGACUAGACACUGAUUUGAGGAGUGAGCUGUGUCGUGCAUUUACUUCUGUAGUUGUUGAUAACCAUGUAAAUAGAGUGAUUGGAGCAUUAGAGGAAGCUCAGUUGUCUGCAUUUACAGUACCUCCUCCAACUAUGUCCAGUGUAAUCAAUAGGCUCUAUUCCUUGAAGAAAGGAUAUGCCACUUUAGCUCCACACAUCUUUGCUAAGUACAUUCCAAAUGUACUUCCUCCAAUGUCUGUAUCAGAAUUACCCCAUGCUGUGGAGGAAACACAGAAACUUCAACAGAAUUUGAUUGAAAGAGGAUUUACAAGGGGAGAUCAAAGCAAAAAACGUUCAGGAGACAGUGAGGUUCUAGUUUUAGGAGGAACGUCCUUAUACCCAGUGGCAGUAAACCAAAGAUUUAUCAAUAAAUCAACAUAAGCAUGGAGACUUACUUCCAUAGAAGCCCACUGUCUGAAGGAAUGGUAAUCCAGUGACUGUUUAUUGAAUUUCUGGUCAAAGGAUGAGCAGCAGGAACACAAAAACCUGUGUAUUGAUUGAUGAGUUAUCCAUUCUGCAUCCAGUGAUUGUUUCAUCCAUCCAUGUCAAACUUCACCAGUUACUGGAUGAUGUAAAUAAAAUGUAUUUUGCAAUUUCUCAGAGAGAGAGAGAAUCUUAUUGUUUGUUUUUUAAGUUAAAUAAAUUUGUGUUAUUUCACUGAAA